AAAAAAAAUUAUAAAAAAAGUAAAAAUGGAGGAGUGUAUGACAGCAUCACACCAUUAAAGGAAACAAAUGGAGGAGAACUGAGACAAGGGAAAGAGAGAAUGUAUGAGAGAUUGGUAAAGAGACAGAAAUACAGAUGCUAAAAACUUUUGUAGCUUCAGGUUAAACAUGUAUUACUUUAUUCUUAAGAGUGAUGAAGUGUGUCUAUAAUCGGAAUGUGUGACAUUUCAGUGCUUUUGAAAAAGACAAUCGGGCAAGCUGGUUAAAGAUACUUUGACUACAAGUGCAUAACAGUUUAAAUCUGGACACAAGAGUACAAACCAUAGAAGUAUAUUAAAGGAACUUGUGAGUGAAGAGGAGCUGACUGGAGUUUUGAAGCCAUGACGAACAAUAGGACAUUGACAGUGGUUGCUCUCCUGAGCCUCUUUGUGGCAAGACAUCAUACCAGAGGAGAAGAUCAAAACAUCAACUUAACACAACCACUUCAAGCUAGGAAUGACAAGCUGGAAAGUAAAUUAACAGUUUUCAAAGCUGAGACAUUUAUGGAGGGCCGCAAUGUCAAUUUAACAUGUGGAAAUUCUGAGGUUAAAUGGAAUGAGCUGAUUUAUAUCACCUGGAAUAUUAGCUUGAAAAGCAGAAAGUGUUUCAUCGGCAUGGUGCCAUCUAAGCUGGAAUCCAUUUGUAAUGAUGGAAAGAUGCAUCUCAUACACUCAAAUGGAGUUUCAUUAUUCAUUCCCAACAUUUCAAAGGAAGAUGAAGGAUUUUACUCGUGUGAUAUAUCCUACAGAGAAGGAACAUAUGCUCAAACAGUGAAAGUUUCUGUAAUUGUUCCCAAUCUUGUCAGCAGGCAGGAGUUUAAAAAUGGUCAGUGGUAUGUUAUCUGUGAAGCCAAAUAUGAACAGUCUGCACCCACUCUUCAUUGGGAACCUGCAUUGCAAAAUGUUUCAAAUACCAGCAUUAUCAAUAAGGGUGAUGUGCCUUUUGUGGAGAAUCGAGUAUAUCUGCACGAUGUUGUUAAUGUUAGUAACCUCACCUGUGUGGCCAAUUAUCCUAACUGGCAACAGAACACAACACCUGAUCUUAUAAAACCAGAUCUUUCAGAUCACAGAAUUCCAUGGGAAAUUAUUUCCAUAGCAGUCGGCUCUGUGUGUUUUAUCACUGUAUUUCUGGCUGUGGUUUAUGUACUUUGCAGGAAGCUUAACAGCCUAAGUGUAUUGAAAAUGCUUUGCUGCAAAUCCAAAAUCUCUACACUUGUUAAAGACAAACCAAUCCAGCCCCAUGAUGUUGAAGAGGUGGAACCCUAUGCAAGUUAUAUACAGCGAGUCAACUCCAUCUACAACUCCUCAGCUGAACUCUUCAAUGCUUAAGCAGCAGGUCACACACUUUCAUCACUUUUCAUGAUGAAAUGAGAUACCAGAAGAGUGAUACAUAACAGAGAAAAGUGUGGUCAGAAUUAAACACAUGAAAAUCAUACUAGUGGAAAAACUGUCAUUUCAAGAGAGCAUCCCCAAAGCAAACAGGCUUUGACUGAGGAACAAAAGUCACACUAAGUCAAAUGAUGAAAGGUGAUUACAAAGGAACAUUGAUUGUCUUUAGUGAUGAGGAAAGACUGGACUACUUCAGUGGCAGUGAUAUCACUAAAAUGCAGAUUUGUAGAAACUGUCUAUUAUUAUUCACUUUAACAAAUAUUGUUCUUUUCAAAUUUGUAAAGAUAUCUUUCCUUUCAUAGUGUUAAAGGUGACAAAACUACAGCAAACAACUUUGUCCUCUAAAAAUACUAAAGUGGGCCUUGUAAAAACCCAAGGAGAACAUAUUUUACAUUUUGCACAAUUAAAAUGGAUCAAAAUAUGUAAAUAAACUUAAUUACUUUAUAUUUCAGUAUGUGUUCUUAACCUAUUUUUAUCUGUAGUUUACUAUCCAUCUUAGUUUAAUACAAAGUAUAAAGCUCUUUUUAAAUAAACUACUUUCAACCUGUUACAUAUUAUUAAUGUUCGAUUCCAGUGAAUGCUGGUUGUCUCUGCACAAACAGGCCUGGCUUUGGGUCAAAAGUGAUGUUAAAUAAUGUGACUUGUGUGUCUGACUUGUACUUGCUUUUAAUAGAGCCACCAUCAAGUGGUGAUUGUGACUGAAUAUGUAACACUGGGGGGUUUGUGAAUAGAGUCAGCCCAGAAGAAUCUCAGCCUCAU